AAAGAAUCUGGUGUACACGGUCACAACCUUGCAUGCUACGGUUCAACGUUCGAAGUCAGUCAAUCCGAAAUCGCGACUUCAACUUGAAUCCAUCUAUAAUAUUACUAUUUGCAACUAGCCUCAUUGUCAACAACGUUUCAGCUGAAUCGCACACCUUCUAUCUUGAGCGACUCGGAGCUUUCCAAUCGUGUUUCUUUGGAUGAUCUCUUUGGAUGAUCAGUCUGAUCCAGCUCAAGUUGGCCUGCAAUAACUUGGUCCCCACUACAUUUUUCACAUCGUCCUCGUCCCAAUUUUUUGAACUCACAUUUACUAGGAACUAGUACGUCUUGCACGUAUUUUGUGUGCCUAGGGAUGUCGAGGGGUAUCGCACGGGCUUAUUACCGCGAGGUACAAGAGGAGAUUUUAGUAGACGACGAGUGGGAAUUCGCAGAAGAGGCUAAUUCUGCACUCGUUCCUGUUAUUCCACUACCAGUGGAAAGGAGUGCUUCAUGCGACUCGAUCUCAUCAACACAAUCAUCUGUCUAUUCCGGUCUGGAAGACCUGAGUGAUAUGAUGUGCAAUAUGCCAGAAGAGGUCUUGAAUGGCACUGCGAACAAUAUUGCCACUGUUGACUCCAGUUCUGCCCAACCGCUUUCAGCUAUGUCUGUUGGCUCGUCGGAUUCAGCGGAUUCGGCUUCACCUUCGAGCAGUUGGUCCUCUGUCCUAGGUAAACGGAAAAAAGAGGAGCCUCCUGACAAUUCCUUGUCUUCACGUACUAAGAGUGCGAGAAUCGGCGAUGCAGAAAUUAAAAUCCAUACAAUCGCUCACGAUCGAAACCUACAAGCUUAUUUUGACAGUAAAAACAUAUCCUUUGGGGUACAGUGGCUGAUUGCCAAAAUGGUCAGUUACGAUGUUCUUGCAUACGAGGACAUCCAUAUCCCCGACUUGGAUAAGCUCCGUGGCACAAACCAAGAAGCUACCCCACGCGUGGCUCAGGUGUUUGCAGCAUGCCAUAACUCAAUGGGCGAAGAAGAAGGAUUCUUCGUGAAGGAAAAGGCAGUUCUGUCGCCUUGGAAAGAGCUUGACCGAGAGCACGAACUUGCUCUUGCAAUGGGUGAUAGUUUUGACGGGUUCCAGCGACAGGCAGAUGGUUGGUAUGGAGGGAAAGUGCAUUUUGGUGCAACUUUGAGGGCUAUCGAUAAGAAGACUACAACGCCUGAAUAUCGCAUUCAACUCAGUCCGCCAGAGCUUGGGUCCUCGUCGAGACUAACCCGACAGUAUGGUUCAAAAAAUUUCCUACGCGUGAAGGUGCCGAGGAAUAUUCUAAACAAGCCUCAGCAUGGCCUUGUGGAGUUUUUUUCGCAACACUUUCUCCUCUGUGGUCUGAUUUAUCGGGCAUUUUAUGCAAGAGAUGGAAGUGUUUUUCUCGUGGCAACUAAUUCUUCGACGGGAUGUGGUCGAAUUCCUUCUCAUGCUCACCCUUCACCGCCGUCUCUGGAGGAUUAUCUCGACUGGCAUAACCCUAUAUAUUAUAAUACAGCUCAGACUGUGGCAAAAUGGUCCUCGCGGUUUGCAUUGGGACUUUCGAACUCUGUCCCAGGUAUUACCAUCAAUCGGGAAAAUAUCAUAUGUUUGAAAGAAGAAAUGAAAACUGACUUCUGCGCCGAAGACCCGGGGGGUCCAGACAUGACAGAUGGCUGCGGGUAUAUUAACAAAAUUGCCUUGAAGGCGUUACGCGAGCUCUUGCAAUGGGACACAACACCGACGGCAAUACAAUGUAGAAUCGCUGGCGCCAAGGGACUCCUACUCCUGCAUCCUGAUUCAUGGGAAAAUUGUUCCGACGUCCCUCGAGUUUGGUUGCGCGAAUCGCAAAUCAAAGUCAAGUAUCCUCAAACUCAAAAACUAUCACCUAGUCACUUAACAAUUGAUGUGCUACGGUCGUCUCAUAUGCGUUCUCCCUCCCGCCUUGCUGCAGAGACCAUAGUGAAUCUUGCUGAAAAUGGUGUUCCCCACUCAGUAUUUAUUGAUCUGAUGAAGGAAGGUUUGGAUGCUAUCGUCAACAGUUUGCUUGACUGGGAUGGUCCAGAUGCCAUGUAUCGUCUAUGGCAUAGUGUUGCCAGAGCCGGCGCCGUGGUUGGAUCCAGAUUAGCUCGUGAAUCUGGUGGAGAGGCUCGAUCAAGAGGUUUCGCCGUCAAAGACGACGACAUUGAAGAUGAUGACGAAGACGAUCUGAAUGCGGUCAUCGAAAUUCCUCGCUCAGUCGCUUGGUGGGGUGACGAGAUCUCAGGUUGCCCUUCUUCUCUUGAAGAAACGGUAAUGGUCAUGCUUGACUCUGGUUUCACCCCUCGCGAUUGCCCAGUCCUCGCUGACAAGCUUCGCCAUGUUCUUAAGACGAUGGUCGACAACUUUGUGCAACGAUAUAGAAUCGAGGUGCCCAUGUCUUGCAUGGGAUGGAUUGUGCCAGACCCUUCUGGAACAUUGGCUCCUGACGAAGUGCAAAUUCUCUCGAAGGAUUCGAAAUUCCUCUGUCCUGAUGGAACAGAGUCAAAUGUUGUAUUGGGUGAUGUUCUGCUCGCACGGCAUCCUUGUAAACUGCCGACAGAUACUCAGAAGGUCAGAGCUGUCGAAAAACCGGAGCUCAGGCGCUACACAGACGUGAUAGUGUGCUCUGUGCAGGGAACUCGCCGCUUUGCAGAUCUUCUUGCUGGAGGCGAUUACGAUGGGGACAAGGCAAUUGCUGUUUGGCAGCCGUCCAUAGUGUCGCACUUCAACAAUGCCGACCUCAAAUAUUCUCAUCCGCCUGAUAAUCUCUUCGAGAAUUUCCAUAAGAACACCCUACGAGUCGAUGAUUUUUUGGAACAACACCAAGGAAGCGAAUUCGACGAUCUCAUACCUCGCCUGCAGUCAUUUUUGUUAGGAGGUUUGCGUGACAUAUCGUCAGUCGGAAAGUACUCGAACCUACACGACGUGGCGGUGUACACCCUUGGAUAUGCGCAUAGUGAAACCAUUCGCUUGGCUUACAUGUUUUGCAAUAUUCUCGAUGGAGCGAAGAGUGGAUUAACUGUUUUACCGGAGGUCAUAAAGAGCGAUACAAAGCUCUACCACAAGCGCUCUCCAGAGUGGAAAGAGUGUGGAGAGGAGAAACCGGAAACCAACGACAUCAACGCUCAGCGUCCCAAAGGCAUGACAGAAUUUGUUAUGGAUGCGAUUAUGAGCCAUGCUCGGAAAUACCGGGACCUGAAACUGCAACAGGUCGAUAGCGCUUUUUCCAAACACCACGGUCACAGAGAUUCCUCUCUCGAGAAGCCAUGGCAGGAUGCCGAGUCAAGGGUCCAGCGUGUGAAGUACAGCAAUGAGUAUGCUGCUUUGACACUGGAAAUGGAACUCUCCAAGAUACGCGAACACGUCGAAAAGAUGCGUGAAGAGCACAAGAAGAGUAUCCGUCGUAGUUUCUCUGGCCUUAAAAUUGAACGGCGGCAAGAUAUUCUUCGCUCCCUCGCUCGUGAUUUCACUGCUGCCCCGGACCUUUCAUCUUUUCUUUUCUUCUCAUCGGAGGAGGUGGCAAGGCUCAAAGCUUCCUACGCAUAUAUUCACGAAUGCCCAAACACCGCUGGUCAAUUUCCCUGGGAUGUUGCUAUGCGAGAGCUUGGGAUGAUCAAGGCGAGGAGCCUUGGUCCAUCAAAAACAGUCGCACUCGGUUUCUAUGAGAGCACUCGGGGUGAUCGCGCGGUUAUUAGUACAAGUCAAUCGUUCAAGUGA